AUGGUAUUUGUAUCUCUUUUAACACCAGCUUUUGAAAUACAAAGAGGAAUAUCUGAUUUGUAUGCAGCUUGCAAUGAAAGAUUUGGUACUAGCUCCAUAAAAAUUUAUAGACUGACUCCAGUUGAACAAAUAGAAAAUGAAGAUGAACUUGUUGCAAAACUUGAUUGUAAUUUAUCAUUAUCUGCAAUUGAAAAUCUUCUUAACGAGAGAGCCCAAAUCCAAAUUCAGCUAGAAAGGGCGAAAGAAGCUUUGAACGACUAUAGUUUCGAGAUUAAAAAGCUUAAAAUUAAAUUAAAAGCACCUAAAGCCUUCUCCGUAAUUGUAUUUGAUUCCGCAUACUUUUGACCAGAACCGCCUGCUUGCCGAGCUGAUUCAGCUCUAGAGACAAGGUUUGUGCUGUGAUUUCGAGGACUCCUCCGUUAGAAAAUCAUUGGAUGCUAUGGAGGCAAAGGUGAGCCAAUACCUCCUGCGGGCUAUCAUGGCGGCUAGUGACGAUUUUGCAUCGUUGUCGAGGACAUAUUUAUUCGCCACAAUCAUAUUAAUUAUGAAAAAGCUUAAGGAAAACGCAAGGUUAUCAAAACCACAAAAAAUCAAAAAACUUGAGAUUGAGAAUAAAAAAUUGAAAGAAAAUUUUAAGUAAAAGUUAUAGAGGUUUCCUCUAUAUAGCGCUAAAAGCGCAGACAUUUUCCCAGGAGCUUUCCAAGUUCGUCGGACCAAAUCGCUUUUUGGUCCCGACCAAGGCAUUGAUUUGGUGCAACCUACCGAUAAAUUCCGAUCAGAAUUUAUCGGCCUUACAGCGCCAAACAUAGGAAACUUCUAUACUUACUCCCCCCCCCCUCCGUGAGUGAACAAAAAAAUUUUGUUCACUCACGGAGGGGGAUUUAAUUUUUUUUUUUUAAAAAAAUUUAAAUAUAAAUUUUUUAAAAAAUAUUUUUUUUCGAAAUUUAAAAAAACCUGAUUCGCAAAAAUUGGAAAGCAAAUAUUAAUUUAAUUUAUGAAAUUUAUGUUUUAAAAAGCGAUUCGUUUAAAAUUAAUUGAAUUAGCUUUAGAUUUUAUUUAUAAUAAUUAUCAUUCCUAUAUCAAAAUUUUUUUCCAUAAAAAAUUUUUCAAUUAAAAAAAUUUUGCUUACUUACGGAGGGUGGUUUUUGGGCAAAAAAUAGCGAUUUUUCUAAAUGGUUUUGUUCACUCAUGGAGGGGGGGGGGACUUAGGACCAACUUAGAUAUGCAUACAGAAUAUAUGAAAGAAAUGGAAUUGAAAGUAAAUAAGCUUAACGAAAAAAUUGAAGACCUCGAAUCAAAAAACUCAGAGAAAGAUUAUGAAAAAAUCAAAAAAGAAGAAAAUAAGGAUCAAAAGGAUAUGUCUAACCUAAAUAAAAUUGAAAUAGUAGCAAAUAUAAGUGAUUCAGCAAAUAAUUUGGAAUUUAAGGCUGCUGAAGAAGAACACAUAGGAAAGCCAACCUCAUUACCGAUAAAGGGAAAACUCUCUAUUCCGAAGCUAAGUAUUGGAGGUCUAUCUAUGCAAAAAUAA